GCGAAAUGAAAAACAAAACUUUAUUUUAUGAAACUCAAUUAGAAAAUUGUCAAAAGUCAAGCAAUUCAUCAGAUGUUAAACUUUUAAGCUGCGAGACCAAACAAACCAAAAUUAAAUUCAACCUGACAGAAUGUUUGACAGAAGGUAAAAAAAACAUGUUGAGGUUUCAGGAUGAAAUAGAAAACUUUCAAGCUUUGAAUGAUUCCCUGAAUGAAAAAAAUCUGAACUGCCAAAAAGAAAAAAAUUACAUUUUAUCCAAUUUGGCCAAAUGUUCUAAUGAAGUGCUCAAUAGAUCGUUAGUCUUGGAAUCCCAAGUGAACCAGUUACAGGAAAACAACACUCGUUUAAAUGAAAAAAUUUUGUUGUGCAACAUAGAUCUUGCAAAAACAACAUCAAAUUUUACCAAAUGUCUUAACGAUCAAAAUACCACAGCACUUUGGUUCCAAACUGAAAUGAAAAACUGUCAAGAUGCACGACGUUCUAUAGACGUGCAAUUAGUCACCUGCGAAACCGAAAAGAAACAAGUGGAAAUCAAUUUGACUAAAUGUUUAAUUGAAACAGAAAAUUUCACUGUGGAAUGGUUUUCCAUUGAAGGGAAAAAAUUUGAACUCCUAACUAACACCCACAAUCAAACUGCCUUUGCAUGCAGCGUCAAAAAACAGAAACUGGAAGCAAAUCUAUCUGAAUGUAUAACGGGGUUUCACAAUCAAAUAUUAUCAUUGGAAGAGGAAAUCAGAAAAUAUCAAUCAUUGAACCAUUCCCUGACUGAAAAAAUUAUUACUUGCAAUAAAGAAAAGGCUGAAUUGGCCACUCAAACGAAUGGCUGUUUACUAGAAGCAAACAACAUAACAAAGUUGCUGGAAGCUGCAAUUAACCUAUAUCAAACCACGAGUUCUGUGUUAAAUGCAAAUGUCACAUCGUGCAACACAGAAAAGACUAGUAUCAUGUCCAAGUUGGCCACUUGUUUAAGUGGCCAUGAAAAAUGGACAACUAUGUCUCCAAUCGAACAAUGGAAUCGCGAAAAAAAUCUACUCGUCAAUUAUAUGGCUUCUUGGUGGACUGGAACAUCUUUUCCUAUUGUAAAUAGCCCACCUGCUUAUGAGAGUAUUAACGUGUACAUUCGAUACAAUACGGUACGUUUGGAACUCUUUCCACUAGUGGAGGACAAACUCAAACCAGAGUACGGUGCUGUCAUUAACGAUGUUUUGUCUUUCGAGUACUAUUUGGAUAUUCCAUCGUGCUCGUUCCCUCCCUCAAUCCGAAGUAUAUUCAUUGCUGUAAUAACACAAGCCGAAAAUUUCGAGAAACGUCAUCAAAUUCGAUACAACUUUGUGAGUUACAUAAAGGCUAUGGCGCAGAAAAUUCCACCGACCCUGAUACACUUUGGAUUCUUCCUGGGCCAACCCGACAGCAGCACGACGCAAACAGCCGUCGAAGAGGAAAGUGACACUUUCGGUGACAUUGUACAGAUAGAGAUAGACGAUUCGUACAGGAAUUCUCCUUUGAAAAUGGCUGCAGUCCUCAAUUGGGUGAAUACAAAUUGUGCCAAAGUCGAUCUGGUUUUCAAGAUGGAAGAAGAGGCCACCAUCACCAUAUCUAGCAUGGCUAAUUUUGUGAAGACUUGGUACACUUCGACCAACAGUAUGUUUGGUAAACCUGGGAACACUAGUGUAGCCCGAGAGGGCAAAACGAACACGACGAUUCAGGAACAUCCGUGGAACACUUACCCUGACUAUUAUGACGGAUCGACUUAUUACAUUCUGCAUGGAACAACAAUCCUGCCGUUAUUAGCUGCUAUGCAAACAACUCCCUUCUUUCAUUUGGAGGAUGUUUAUGUGACAGGCAUUUGCAGAGUAAAAGCUGGUAUCAGCCGAAUCACAUGUGCCCAAAAUGACAAACCUGAAGUCUGUUAUGCAUAGUUCCUCAGCGAAUGAUAAAUACCAUCAAAGGUACUACAGGUAGCAAUGGCUUGUAUAAUGUUUUAAAUUCCGCUGUAUUCAUUGAAAUAGAAGCAAAACUGAGGAAUUGAUUAGUUUUGCACUAUUGCAAUGUAUCUAAAAUGGC